UAAUUCCUGUUCGACCGACGACCGACCUGUUCAUUCCUGUUUGAUUGUUACUGGAGGUAAGACGCAGUUCGAGACUAUUCGAGACGAUCGACGUGUACGGUGAGAUUAACAGCUGAAAAUCGAAGUUUUCUGAGUGAUAAUCGAAGGAAAGACAAAUGGGCAAGGCGAAAACAAAGAAGCAUGGUGAAGCAAAGCAGAUGCAUGGAAUAAAAAAUGGUUUUGUAAAGAAGAACAAAGAUUCCAAAUUCAAGAAUACAACUAUGGGAUGCAAGAUGGCUUUGAUCAAGAAUUCAGACAAACAGGACAGAGAUUCGUCAUUUAACAAAGACUCUGUGAAUACAAAAAAUAAUCGAAAGCUAAAGCCUCUUUUCAAUAAUUCGAAACAAGCAUCUAAGAGCCCACAGCAAUCCAAGCAAAAUUCUCCAAAAGAGAAACAAAAUUCUCCAAACAACAGACAAAAACAUAAGUUCACAAAAAAAACGCCAGAUUCACAUGAGUCUGAUUCCGAUGAAUUUGAUUUAGAUGAGUCUGAUUUUGACAUCGAAGAUGGAGUUACACCACAAGUAGAUGCUAGUUCGAAUGAAACUGAAAUAAGUGAGGAAGAUUCGGACAUCGAUGAGGGAGUUACAUCACAAGUAGGUGCUAGUUCGAAUGAAACUGAAACAAGUGAGGAAGAUUCGGACAUCGAUGAGGGAGUUACACCACAAGUAAAUGCUAGUUCAAGUGAAACUGAAACAAGUGAGGAAGAUUCGGACAGCGAUGUUCCGGAUAUCCUUGGAAAGAGCUUAGGAGAUGAAUCAGAUGAAGAUGACGAAGAUUUUGAAGAGGAGUACGAUAGCGAUAAGGAAGAGGCGGUUGAACGUAAAGGUAUAAAAAUGUUUAAUGGUCUACAAUCUGAAACCAAAAGGAACGACGGCAAGAAAGAUCCAGAGGAGGAAGACGAUGAUGAAAGCGAAAGCUUUGAUGAUUGGAAUAUGACGUCUGAUAAGAGUGAUGAAAGCGAUGAGGAUGAAGAAGUUGAUAAUCACAGAAAACAAAUACAAUAUUUAGAUAAAAGUUUAAUGGAGGAACUUAGCAGAGGUUGGGGUGAUAGUACUGACAGUGAUGACAAUAAUGAUAGUAGCGAUAGCAGCGACGAUAGCAUUGACACCGAAUUUGGUACAAAAAAGCUUUUUGAGGAGUGUACUGCAGAAGUCUGUGAUGAUAAAGAGAAUCAUAAUGGUGUAACAAAAUAUACAGUCACAAAAAAGACAGCUGGUAAAGCUUCCUAUAGGAAUGAUGAAGCUAUAGAAGAAAUGGAUAUAUAUAAAAAAUUGAAAAAAUACAAGGAGAAAAGAACAGUUCUCGUUAAUAAUGUUCCAAGAACAACAGAUAUACUAGAUGUAGCUCGUCCGUUUAUCCAGUAUGGAGUCAUUAGAAAGAUACAAUUGAGAAUUUUACCCGAAAUGAAUAUUAUAAGUAAGAAAAUGGCAGUGUCGCUUGGAAUACCGCUGGAUUAUCCAAAUCUAAAAACAUACGUAGCAUACAUAGAAUUUGAGAAGGAAGGAUCUGCGGAAGCUGCAGCAGAGGCUUUGAAUGGAAUAAGAACUGCGGAAGGAAAUUUCUUGAAUGUACUGACUGCUCGUCAAGUGAAAGGAGGAUUUAAUCCAAAGAAAACUGUAUUUUUUGGUAAUUUUAAACCUGGACUAGACCCUGAAAACGACCUUUGGGAAUUAUUUAUCACAUGUGGACGUAUAAGACAUUUGAACGUAUAUCGUGAUUAUGACACGGGACUAACUAAAGGACAUGGUUAUGUCUAUAUGGAUACUGAAGCAGCUGCACGUACCAUCGUCCGAACUUUCAACAAAAUUGCCAAAAUUGGGGGACAGCCAUUACACUUGAAACUGAUGCUUGAUUAUAUCCGCCCAGGAAGUUCGAAUAAAAAUGACGAUAAAGUGAUGAAACAGGGAACUAAACGAGCUAGUCCGCAUAGUGAUAAGAAAUCGUCAAAAAAAUUUAAGACUGAUUCAGAAAAGCCUGUAGCAUCUAAUGUUGAACAAAAAACCACUAACAAAAAGAAAAAGCAGCAGGGAAAUAACAAAGGAGCGACGUCUGCCGCAUUUCAGGGCCAAAAGGUUGAGUUGAAAAACAAGAAGAAAAAGAAUAGACUUGAUAAGAAAAAGAAGAAAAUGGCAGGAAAACUUACAGCCAAAUCGGCAAAAGCUUAAAAUAAUAUCGUAAUAUUUUAUCAAUUAGAUUUAUCAUAUAAGAUUUUUUUUAUAUUCCAAGACUUUUUAUGUUUGAUAUUGAAAAAAGAUAUGUAGCAUAGUUAUAACGGACGUUACAGUUCUCGUGAAAAUUGAUAUCGCACAGGUUGAAAUGAAACUACCUCGAACAUGUAUGUGAAUAUAUUUCUUUUUAUAUUGUAACUGUCGUCAUUGAUUUUUUAAAUAAAUAACGUUUGAUGAGAAA